GCGUAACACAUUAUUCAAGUCUGUGAUCAACUCAAAAGAUUCGUAAUUGGAGACCAGCCCGAAAGAAUUCCUGCACUCGGAGGUGAAGUACGAUGCUAAUAUAGUAAAAAGUGACCCGAUAAACUAUCCAUUUAUUUCGCCCGGGACGAAGGUACGUACGCCUGAUGACUGCUGAUGACCGAUGCCUGAGAGAGACCGCAUGCGAGGAAGCGAAAACAAGACAAGGCUAUUUUGGUCUGACAUAACGUUUCGAUAGAGCGAGUGCAGCGACGUGGAAUCCGGAGUGCCAUCGAGGGAACGACCGAUCGGUUGGCACGAGAAGCCGAAGGGUCGCUCGACAAUGGACGAAAGUAUGCUGGACGAAUUGUUUGAGUGCUCGGUAUGUCUGGAGCGGCUCAACGCGUCCAGCAAGAUGCUGCCGUGCCAGCACACGUUCUGCGAGACGUGCUUGAAGUCUAUAGUGACCGCGCAUCGCAUGCUAUGCUGUCCGAUGUGCCGCCUCGUCGUCGAGGCCAAGGUGGACGAUCUGCCACCGAACAUCUUGUUGGUGCGUAUCCUUGAAAGGAUGUGCAACGCGAAGAUGAAACAAGCGGCGAAGAUGGAACGCGCCAACAUCGCGGGGCCAUCGUCGGGGUCUCCAGGCGGCACCGUCGCGCCCCAACGGCUGUUGGGCGGCCGAGUAUCUACCGUCAACUCUGAGCUGGCGGGUGCGAAGCCACAGAGUGCCAUAUCGAUACAGAUACGGAGAUACAUUCAAUUUUUUGAGCAUGGCUCUCUGUGCAGAGACGUCAACUGUUGUUCACCGAAUUGUCAGAGGGUAAAAGGAGUCUUAAGGCAUACAAAGAACUGUAACAAAAGGCCAAGGUACAAUUGUCCUAAGUGUAAACAGUUAAUUAAGCUGUGUUGUUACCACGCGAAAGACUGCCAGGAGACGCGCUGUCUUGUUCCAUUGUGCUCCGACAUCAAGCCCAAGAUACGACAAUUGCAGCAAGUAUUUCCACGCAUAUGCAGCAAGGUUUUCCAAGCCUAAUUGCUCAGUAAUCCAGAGCUCUUCUCUUCGGAAACGAUGUUCCUGGGUCCAUCAUCGUUAAUACCCGCGCCGUCGCAGAGGGUGACAAGGGCGGACAAAAAGCUGCAAAAAUUGCAUCUUUUAGCAGAGAUCAUGAGAGAUCAACAAUACUGACCAACGGUAUUUACAAAUAAUAUGUACAAAUAGUACAAAUUGUUUUUCCGUCUCUUUUCGUAUGGUCGCAUCAAUAUUGGAAGAGAGAAAGAAAGAGAGAAAGGAGGAGUAAGGGAACCAGCAAUAAUACAUGACGAAGGACGAACGGAAUUAACCAAUCACUUGUCGCGAACUUUAGCUCGUGUUGAUGAAAAGAUUCUUGUUAACGGCCGAAAAUAUUUUAAUGCCCACGAGACAGGAAAAUCCCUUGCCGUUCGAAAUAAUCGAACUUUGAACGGCUUUGACCAAACUGCGAUCAACCUGCAGAUAACUUAUUAAUAGAUACUUUAUACUAUUUUAUUAACCAGAUUAUUUACUUUGUCGCUUAAUAUGUGUAUAUCGUUCAAUCAUGUUUGGAUAAUUAUUAUGAUUACUUUUCAUUUUCGUGUAAUAAUUAAGACAAAGUGAAAGAAGAAAAUGAAACUGCAUCCAAACUGUACUCUUUCAAUAUGUGAUGUGUGUAAUAUAUUAAAGUAUUUUGCAGCAA